AUGGGUGGCAAAAAAUCAGACGAAGAGGGCGCGCCGCUUCUUGGCGCCCGGAAGGGAAGCUUCUAUGGGAGUGAAAAUAGCCUUGGCUCAUUCCGAGAACAUCUCACUUCAAAGCACUCCACAUAUGGAAUCUUUCAUUUCGCGACGGGUUUCGACUAUUUGUUGUUUGGCGUCGGCGCCGCCUCGGCGUUCAUUCAUGGAGCUGGAUUCCCGUUACUGUCGAUUGUGCUUGGUGGUAUGACGACUGUGUUCUUGCAAGCACAAAACUCUGAAUUUGUGACCGGUGUCGGGAAAACGGAUCCGAAUGGAGUGCCCGGGAUUACACAGGAAGCGUUCGACGCGCAAGUGAUCGUUUACUGUUACUACUACCUUGCGCUCGGCUUUCUGAUGUUCAUUGCCUGCAUGGAGUCGUUCUCGGAGCGUCUAGUUCACCAGCUGAGACAGCACUAUUUGAAAGCGAUUCUCAGACAACAAAUUGCGUGGUUUGACGAGCAGUCGACGGGAAAUCUCACGGCAAGAUUGACGGAUGAUCUCGAGCGAGUGCGGGAGGGUCUCGGUGACAAGCUUUCUCUUUUCAUUCAAAUGGCCGCUGCUUUUGCAUCUGGUUUCAUCGUCGGUUUUAUGUACUCGUGGCAGAUGACGCUCGUGAUGUUGGCGUUUGCGCCGUUUGUUGUCGCUUCUGGCGCCUGGAUGAGCAAAGUGGCAGCGAGCAGAACCCAAAUGGAGCAAGAGACCUAUGCGGUGGCUGGUGGAAUCGCCGAGGAGACUUUCUCAUCAAUUCGAACUGUGCACUCACUCAACGGACACAAAAGACAAAUGAAACGCUUCGAAGACGCGUUGGAGGUGGGCCGUAAAACUGGUCUUGUCAAGUACUUCUACAUGGGUCUUUGCGUCGGUUUCUCCAACAUUUGCAUGUACGGAUCGUAUGCGCUCGCGUUUUGGUAUGGUAGUCGAAUCAUCAUUGGCGAUCCGACGUUUGAUCGGGGAACGAUUUUCACGGUGUUUUUCUCGGUGAUGUCCGGAUCGACGGCUUUGGGCGGAGCUUUGCCCCAUCUUGGAUCGAUCGCAACGGCUGUCGGAGCGGCGAGGAGUGUACUCAAAGUACUCAAUACGACUCCGUACAUUGAUCCGUACUCAACGGAAGGUGUCGUGCUCAACGAUUUGAAAGGAUCGAUCCAGGUGCAAAACGUGCAUUUUCGCUACCCCAGUCGCAAGGAUAUCCCGAUUCUUCGUGGUGUUUCUCUAUUGGUCGAACCGGGACAGCAAAUUGCUUUGGUAGGCGCUUCUGGAUGUGGGAAAUCAACGAUUAUCAAUCUCUUGCUUCGUUAUUAUGAUCCGAAUCGAGGAAAGAUAACAUUAGAUGGAGUUGAUUUGAAAGAUUUAAACGUGAAAGCACUUCGAGAACAGAUUGGCAUUGUUUCACAGGAACCAAUUCUUUUUGAUGGAACACUUUACGAGAAUAUUCGUAUGGGAAAUGAGAAUGCGACACAGGAGGAAGUGAUGAAUGCGUGUAAACAGGCAAAUGCCACAGAGUUUAUUAAACGUUUACCUGAUGGUUUGGCGACUCGAGUUGGUGAGAGAGGAGUGCAAUUAAGUGGAGGUCAAAAGCAACGAAUCGCAAUCGCAAGAGCGCUCGUAAAAAACCCAAAACUCUUGCUGCUUGACGAGGCGACAUCGGCAUUGGACACGGAAAGUGAACAAGAAGUACAACAUGCACUUGAUAAGGCGAUGCACGGUCGAACGACGAUCAUUGUCGCUCAUCGCUUGUCGACCAUUCGAAACUGCGAUCGAAUUUUUGUCUUUAAGGAAGGAAAGAUUGCUGAGCACGGUACUCACGAAGAACUCAUCGAGGCACAUGGGAUCUUCCAUGAAAUGACACAACAACAGAAAUUGAAAGCACAAGAAGCAAUGCAAAUGACAGCUGAUUUGGAAGAUCGCGAGACAGUUGAUGUGAUGUCAGCGGUUGGAUCAGUAAGAUCGCGAAAAUCAUCGGCAGUUCGCAAGAUGACCUAUCAAGGCACGGCAAGUAUGGUGAGUCGAUCGAUCAGCACAAUCAAGGAGAUGCAAGAUGAUGCGGAAGAGGCUCGUGUCAAGCCCACGCCAGUCUCCAAAAUCUUCGUGACGAAUCGCGAGAAUUGGGGCUAUUUCGCGUUGGGUCUCUUGGGCAGCACGGCGUCCGGAUGUGUGACACCAGUAUUCGCUCUUGUCUACGCGCAAAUCUUUAACGUUUUCUCCGAACCACCUGAGCAAAUGGAAAAAGAUGCUUUAUUCUGGUGUGUAAUGUUCUUGAUUCUCGGCUUUGUGCACGCAAGCGGAUUCUUCCUUUCGGCGAACACUCUCGGCCGCUGUGGAGAGGGUUUAACGAAAAAGCUGCGUAUGAUGGCGUUCACAAAUUUAAUGCGACAAGAUGUUGGAUUCUAUGAUGACUUAAAGCAUGGCACUGGCAAGUUAUGCACACGUUUCGCUACGGAUGCGCCGAAUGUUCGAUAUGUAUUCACUCGUCUUCCCGUUGUCAUCUCGUCAGUGGUAACGAUUGGCGGAGCGAUCGUUGUGGGAUUGAUGUUUGGAUGGAAGCUGGCGAUCGUUCUCAUCUUCAUCGUUCCACUCAUCAUUUUGUCUGGAUAUUUUGAGAUGAAGAUGCAGUUUGGCAAGAAAAUGAGAGACACCGAAUUGUUGGAAGAGGCUGGAAAAGUGGCUGGAGAGGCAGUGGAACACAUUCGCACCGUUCAAGCACUCAAUCGCCAAGAGAAAUUCCAUUUCCUUUACUGUGAAUACUUGAGAGAGCCAUACAAAGAAAACAUGUGUCAAGCGCAUACAUAUGGCGGAGUCUUUGCCUUCUCUCAAUCAAUCAUUUUCUUCAUGUACGCGCUCGCUUUCUGGUUAGGCGCACGCUUUGUCGAUGAUGGAUCAAUGCAACCGACGGAUGUUUAUCGAGUCUUUUUCGCGUUCGCUUUCUGCGGGCAAAUGGUUGGCAAUGUGUCGUCGUUCAUCCCUGAUAUUGUCAAGGCUCGUCUGGCCGCCUCUCUCCUUUUCUAUCUCAUCGAACAUCCCACCGAGAUCGACAAUCUCUCGGAAAAUGGAAUCAAAAAGGUGCUUGAGGGAAAUAUCUCGCUGCGAAAUUUGCAUUUCAACUAUCCGACUCGACGAAACAUUCGAGUGCUCAAUGGAUUGAAUAUCGAAGUGAAAAGGGGUCAAACGGUGGCCCUAGUUGGGCACUCGGGUUGCGGGAAGAGUACGGUGAUGGCGAUACUCGAGCGAUUCUACAAUACGUCCAAGGGGAUUGUGAUGGUCGACGGGGAGAAUAUCCGCAAUGUUCACAUUCGCUCUUUGCGUGAACAAGUGUGCAUCGUUUCUCAAGAGCCAACCCUCUUCGAUUGCUCGAUUGCCGAAAAUAUCACAUAUGGAUUGGAUCGACAAGUCACCUAUGAUAACAUUGUUGAAGCGGCAAAAAUGGCGAACAUUCACAGUUUUAUUCUUGGUUUACCACAGGGCUAUGAUACGAGAGUUGGCGAACGAGGAACACAGCUAUCUGGAGGGCAAAAGCAGCGAAUAGCGAUUGCGAGAGCACUUGUCAGAAAUCCGGCAAUUUUACUGCUCGACGAGGCCACUUCGGCACUUGAUACACAAUCGGAAAGGGUGGUUCAAGAAGCCCUAGAGACAGCGAGUCAUGGUCGAACGUGUCUCGUCAUCGCUCAUCGUCUCUCCACCGUUCAGAACUCCGAUCUAAUCGCUGUCGUGCACGAGGGAAGAAUUGUGGAGACUGGCACCCACGAGCAACUGCUUCGAUCAAACGACAUCUACAAGAAGUUGUGCGCCACACAACAGCUUGUCGAAGCCGAC